AUGUCAAAGUCAUUCUCCAAUGGAGUUUGGUCGGUGAAAACCAACAAAGGCACCAUCAUGGAUGCCAGUUCUAUGGCCGCAGCUGAGGAACGACUGCAAAUCCCAGUACCAGAGAUGAUUUUUGGGCAAAACGAAAUAACUGUUACCCAUCAAUCGGGAUGGAAACUCACGUUCAAUGCGCUGGAUGCUCUGGAUCUCGUCGACAAGACUGGAAACAAAUCGGGGCAUCUCCAGGUGGCAUACUCUGAGGAAUGGCGAAAAAGCCGCGAAAACAACAGCCAUGGCCACGACGUCUCAAAGAUCCAUCGUCCUUUCGACUGGACCUAUUCUACAGACUACAAAGGUACCGAGACGCCCCCCAAACUCGUCGAGAACGCCAAUACCAAGAUCCCUUUUGAAAAACUCAAGCAACAGAAGCCAAUUGUCUUGUUUGACGAGGUCCCCUUGUACGAGGAUGAACUUGGCGACAAUGGCAUGGUGACUUUCAGCGAAAAGAUUCGGGUGAUGGAAGACGACAUGCUCAUUUUGGUCCGACUGUAUCUCCGUGUGGACGAUGUGGUGUUUAGAAUUCGGGAUACUCGUGUUUACAUUGACUUUCAAACCGGCCAUGUUAUUCGGUCGUACAUUGAAAAAGAAGACAGCUUCAAGAAUGUCCGAAAGCGUGUUCCCAUUGGCUCAACGGACCACACACAGCUUUUACGAGACCCGAACUGGAUCGAUUCUGUCUUGCCAACUACAAAAUCCAUGACUUAUGACUGUAAGCUAUAA